GGGGCGCGGCAGGAAGCGGAGCCCGCGGCCCCGGCGCGGCCAUGCGGCUCCUGCCGCUGCUCGCCUGGGCGCUGCUGCCAGGCUGCUGGGCACUGACGGGGCCCCUCACCGUGCAGGGACAAGCCGGGGGGUCUCUCUCGGUGUCCUGCGCAUACGAGGACGGCUUCGAGACCCAUGUGAAAUACUGGUGCAAACCAGGAACAAUUUUCACCUGCGCUGAUAACACUCACAUCAUUGAGACCUCAGAGCAGCACCCCGUGAUGCGAAAUGGCCGAGUCUCCAUCUGGGACGAUCGCAGGCGGCGGGUGUUCACGGUGACUGUGAGGAACCUGACCGUGGGGGACACAGGCACCUACCGGUGUGGGGUGCAAAGGGCAUUUGUCGAUGACAGUCAAAAGGUGUAUGUGCACGUGUCCCCAGCUCCUGCUUCCUCUUCUCCCCUGGAAACAUCAUCUCCCUCGACAGCAGGGCACCCUGCUCUCACUACCUCCACGUCAGUCCCCACUGAGGCAUCUCCCAAGGAGCAAACUGCUGAGAAAGAGAGAGCCGCCUUCCCUCCCCACAGAGACGCCGGCCCUGGACAUUUGGACCUGGUCACAGAUGUCCUGACUCCGUGCAUCGUGGUGGUUCUUCUUUUGCUUGUACUUGCUGCUGGAGUGUUGGUAAAACUGUCCAUGAAGAGGAAGAAAGCGCUGGCCGGAGCCGCCGUCGAGAUGGGCACGACCCGCAGCUCGUCGGACGCGGGCACCGAGAGCAGCCUGCAGUACGCUGACAUCAACCACCCGGCAGCCCCAGGCGACCGCGAGCUGUACAGCAACAUCAAGGCUUUCCUCAGCCUGGCGAACACCGAGAGCAGCUACGCAGAGAUCAGGCCACGGCGCCGGGAUUCGGAAGAGGAGGAGGAGGCCGUUAACGCCCUGGCGAGUGGGGCCGCCCCCGAGCAGCAGGACCUCUACGCCAACCUGGCGCCAGCCCCGCGUCCCGCCGAGCCGCCCUGCGGUGCCGCGGCGAAGCCCGGAGACCCGCCGGCGCCGCGGUCCUGA